AUCAUUCCCCCGUUCCCUCUUAUCUCACCCUAACUUUAGGAUUUUGUGAUGUAAUAUUAUCACUACCACCACGAAUCAACAUCAAGUACCUCAACAUAAAGUACCAGCUGACAGUAAGAGGGACACGUGAUAUCCAUAUAAGGAGUUAAGAGGCACGUGACUUGAGGACAUGCCGUGGCAGGCGUUUGUGUACGGAGGACUGGCUGCCAUGACUGCGGAAGCUAUCACCUUCCCUAUUGACAUGAGCAAGACAAGGUUGCAGAUACAGGGCCAGGUAGCGGAUGCGAGGUUAACCACCCUCAAGUACCGAGGAAUGUUCCACACCCUGGUUACAGUGGGUAGAACGGAGGGAGUAAUGUCCCUGUUUACUGGAGCUAAGUUUGCUCUGCUCAGACAGGGCACGUAUGGUACUAUACGACUAGGAAUAUACUACAGUAUAAAAGACAGAUGGGAGCGCAAUAACACAGGACUAAAGAUGCCUUUACCUCACCUGGUAUUGUUAGGUGGUACAGCUGGUGUUAUCGGAUCUUAUGUAACAACUCCUACAGAUGUGAUGAGAGUGAGGAUGCAGGCAUCUCACCACGCUAAAUCACCUCCUCUUAUACGCAGCUUUAUCAGCAUCUUCAAAACAGAGGGUAUGCGCGGAGUGUACAGAGGGGCUAUUCCUAACGCGCAGCGUGCAGCUGUGGUGAACGGUGUGCAGAUCCCUACAUAUGAUGUGAUGAAGAGGAAUCUUAUUGCUGCUGGGUUCGAGGACAACAAAAGAACUCACUUCGGCUCCAGUUUAUUUGCGGGUUUCCUCGGGUCUUGCUUCUCACAACCUAUCGAUGUAGCUAAAACAAGGAUGAUGAACCAAAAACUGCUGCAUGACCCUAACGUGAAGAUCUACAAGGGCGUGGUAGACACGAUGUUGAACACUGCCCGCCACGAGGGGGUCCCUGCGCUUUGGAAGGGUUUCGUCCCAACUUUCUGCAGACUGGGGCCCUGGAACGUCCUCUUCUUCAUGUCUCUAGAGCAGUUUAGAGUCCUGGACAACACACUCAAUAACCGAACUACAUCUGUGUUUUAGGGAGUUGUACUUGUUGUACCACGUGUUGCCCAUUUAUAAGGAGAUGAAUGGGUUGUUAGGAUAUAUUGUAGUGAUAAUUAUAGUGGCGGGAUUGUAUAUUUUAUAAAUAAGUAUAUAUUUGCAAGUUUGAUACCUGGAGACCAAGACUAUGAAAUAUCUAAUAAUGAGAUGACGUCGUGAAUGGUGAAUUAUAUGUUUCUUUGGCGCCGUUUGGAUUCUUGAAGGAUUAAGUUGCAGUCCAUGUAAAAUAUAAAUGCUCCAGAAUUACACGUUUUCAGUUUUACAGUCGUUUCUGAAACAUAGCGUUAAUUUCUGAGUAAACAGUCAUGUUCAUAUAUUAUAAUUAUGAUAUGUGUAUAUAUUUGCAGUUUAUUUUGAACAUAAAUUUUCAUUGGUUGUAGAUCCAAACUCCAUUCUAGAAUCUAGAUGCUAGAUAAAUUUUUAUUGGUUUGUAAGAAGCUAGUUAGUUAUGUAUAUUAUAGCUUAAUUGUUAGGAUUUUAUUGAUAUUGGGUUUGCUAGGCAGUAUUUUGACAUCUUAAAUUCGCAUUUUACUUUUAUCAUUGUUUAUGUUAUCGCUGAU